CGACAGUGACGUUGCUCGUGAGAAGACGGUGGAUUACACAACGAAGAUGUACGCCGUCAGCAUCAGAGAGAUGAGAGGAACCAAACCUCACCAACAGCUGAGAGAGGUCUCUGCAGAGGAGAGGCAGGGCAUUGUCAAGCCUCCAGUGAGUCGAGCGGCACCGCAGCCAGAAAAACUGCAGAAGAAGAACAACGUGUCUAAGAAGAAGAGACUAGUGGAGGACCUGGUUUUGGAGCACGUGUUUGGUUUUCGAGGAUUCGAUUGUCGUAAUAACCUUCACUACCUGAACGACGGCACAGACAUCGUUUAUCACACGGCCGCCACCGCCAUCGUGCACAGCCUCAGCACCG